AUGAGCGUCGAGGAAGGCACACACGUGCUCCCUGAUGGGGUCGAGCUCUACACCAAGACUUGGAAGCCUGAUGGACCGACCCGCGCCGUCCUAGCCUUUGUCCACGGCUUCAGUGACCACUGCAAUGCUUACUACGACUUCUUCCCGAACCUCGCAACCUCUGGCAUCGAGGUUAGGGCCUUUGACCAACGAGGCUGGGGCCGCACCUUCAAACGCCCCCAAGACCGCGGCAACACGGGUGGCACCCCGCUAGUUCUGUCGGACAUUCAUUCAUUCCUACUUAGCCUAAGCGAGCAACCAAACACACCGCUGUUCCUCAUGGGCCACAGCAUGGGCGGCGGCGAGGUCCUCACCUACGCCCUGCACCCAGAAUCACCGUACAACUCAUCCGGCGCUCGUCCUCAACUGGCCGGCGUACUGGCAUAUUCGCCAUUUAUUGCCCUCCACCCAGACUCUCGUCCGGCAAGCUUGACGGUAGUGGCUGGAAGACUUGUGUCCCGCAUACUCCCACGUAUGCAGCGACACUCCCCGCUCGACCCCACGUAUGUGUGCCGCGAUGAGACGGUCGUUGCGGAUUAUGUCCAAGAUGAACUGUGUCAUGAUAUCGGCACGCUGGAGCAGUUGGCGGGUAUGUUAGAUCGGGCAUUGUGGUUGGAGAAGUUAUCGGGAAAGGAUAUUGGGAAGACGGAGUUAUUGCCCAUGUGGUUUGGACAUGGUGAUGCGGAUCGAAUUACCAGUUGGGACGCGACGAAGAGAUUGGCUGGUGUGUUGAAGGCGAAGGGGGAUGUGAGCUUUGCUUCGUAUGAGGGAGCGUAUCACCGGCUGCAUAUGGAGCCGGGGGACGUGAAGCCUCGGUUCGCGAAGGACAUGCUGGACUGGAUGUUGGCGAGAUGCCCUGUCCCUGCUUCCACUGAUGGGGCCCGAGAGGUUAGUGCACACAUGUCGGUUGAGCAGAAGAACGAAGAAGAGGUUGGAAACAAAGCUAAGCUCUGA